AUGCCGGUAAUUACCAAACCAAAGGCUGUCGACAACAGUCCAGAGCAUUCAAGCCUCGAGAACCGCACGAACCUAAGUCUUCAGGAUUUCAACAGAGCUAUCAGAGAGGCCGCCCACAUGAAGAAAACUGAUCCAAGCAGGGCUGCCAAGUUGAUUCUGGACGCAAUGUUAUGGGACAUUAUCAAGAAACUCCCACGUGACAACUUUGACGUCGUAGUAGCGCGGCACCAUCUGGGGGAGUGCUACUUUCUCAUGGAGAACUAUGGCGAAGCCGAGACAUUUUACCGACAGGUUCUCCAAGCCCGGAGAUCCCAGAAGCCCCCCGAUUCUUCGAAGAUUUUGCAGGCCCGACAGGAUCUAACGGCCUCGCUCAUCCAGUUGGCCAUGGAAGAGGAGACGCGAAAUGUUGCGAGUGCCGAAAAGCUCCACUUCGAGGCACUGAGUUUCGCCGUGGAGAACAUGAAUGAAGAAGUCAACGACAUUCGAGGCGAGGACAUUGAUGAUGUACUUCAUUGCACUAAAGCUUUGUUGAAAAGCCAAGACCGAAAGCCCCUGGAGCUUGCCGAGCUGAGCAGGACCCGUGUCCGGGCGUUAGUCCAAAUCGACGACGACAUGGACGACGAGGAACUAGUUGAUAUGCAACACUACGGGAUUGUGGCGUUUAAGCACUUCACCGUGGACCUGGAGGAUCGAAAGAGUGGGUACGAGGUUUACAAGACUGUUCAGUCCCGGGUACGGGAGUAUGGCGCCCAGGAUCCCGGUCAGUCCGAAACGGCAGUGUGCAUAGGAGACGAAGUCGAAGAUGAGUGGAGGGAAGCAACAGGGUUUCUGGCUCGUCAGAGAUGGAGACGGUGCUUGGACCAGGUGCGCGCUGAAGUAAGGAGGGAUGUCCUACCCCAGAAGAAGGAAACUCGGGACAAGUGGCAUCUCUUUUGCCGCAGACUAAUGGUCAAACAAAGAUGGAAGAGAGCGUUAUCGGAAUCCAAGAAGACGGCCAGGCGGAACAUCACUUGCCGCAGGAGGCUGGUUAUAGACCAAUGGAACUCAUUGGUCCAAGAGGCUUUGCAGAGGGAAAAGGAGGAAGAGGAAAACAGGAAGCAGGAGGAGGAGCGUAAAAGAUUGAAAGAGGAAGCCAAAAAGAGGAAGAGAGAGGAAGACCAAAAGAAGAAGAAGGACGAAGAGCAGAUGAGACUGAAACAUGAAAAGGACAAGAGGAAGAGGGAGAAUGAAGAGAAGCAGAUGGCGGAUGAGCAAGAGAGGAAGAGUAAUGAGGAGAAGAGUAAUGAGGGAAAAAGAGGGUCAGAAGAGGAAGAGAAAAGCAGGAUGGAGGACGAGAACCGAGCCAAAAGGCUAGGCGAUGAGAGAGAACAAGAAAGCAGGGAGAAGGAAUCCGAAGAUAAGCGAAGCGAGGAGGAGGAACAUGCAAGGAAGAGGGAAGGGGAAGAAAAAGAGGCUCAGAAGAGGGAUAUAAAUAUACAGAAAGAUUUCGAGAUCCAGCAAGGCAUCAGCAGAACAGACACAGAAUAUUCGGACUGGUCAGAACCUGGAAUACCAAUGCAUCCAGAUACAGAGCCGGCCUUCUUCGAUUCGGAGACCGUUCUUAGCAGCAUUCAGAACAGCGAAAAGUGGAUGAGGGACUUCAUCAGGUCUCGCAACAGGAUUCUCAGUCCUCAGCAUGACAAGAAUAUGGAACGAGUCAGAGUCACCAUCAUCGAUACUGGCCUCGACAAAACCCAUCCGUUCAUCAUCAAGCGGCGAUGGCAAGAUUUCAGGCAAGCGGCAAACAAAAAGGUUGCUCUCUUCAAGGACUUCGUGACGGAGAACCCCAGUGCCGAAGCAAUUGAUGAGGACGGGCAUGGCACUUUUAUCGUUGGAAUUGUGCUUCAACUCGCACCACUCGUUGAGCUCUCCAUAGCCCGGGUGGCCACGACCCGGGCCUCCCUGAUGAGGGAUCCUGACGCGGAGGGAAAAGUGACAAAGGCAAUCAUCCAUGCUAUCACGGAAUGGGACACAGACAUCAUUUCAAUGUCGUUUGGGUUCCGUACUUAUAAAACCCAACAAUUUCGAGCAGCAGUCAGCAGGGCCAACUGGGAAAAUAAGAUCCUCUUCGCGGCCGCGGGCAACUUUGGGAACUCAAAGGCCAACGUUUCUUUCCCGGCUCGGUUCCCGGGGGUUUUCAAGAUCUUUGCAACCGACCACCAGGGUGGAAAGUGUUCCUUCAGCCCGAGCCCGGACCUGGAAACGAGUUACUGCUUCAGCAUCCUGGGCCACGACGUCGUGUCUAUCUGGCCGGAAGCCGUGAGGGACAAAGACAGGGAGACGCCGCUGAAGGUGGUGGAUAAGAAGAAAUCCCCAGGGCUGUGGGUCGCCAUGUCGGGGACCUCCUUCGCGACGCCGAUCGUCGCGUCGGUCGUUGCCAUCCUGUACCAGUUCUACGACACGAACAAGGCCGAGAUCAACCUCGAGCCGGGGCUGAACUUCAAGACGGUCGACUGCGUCCGGGCCAUACUCUUGAAGAUGAGUAUGGCGCCCACCGCGGACCACCACAACUACCUCAACCCUUGGGUAGGCCGGGACAACUACUUCAACUUCAGCGGUGAAGAAAAGAGCGGUCCUGUGUCCUUUUUCGCUCAGAUGCUGAGGCUUUGCUUAGGGGCUUGGGUCAAGUAG